UGCAGGCCCACUAAUCGAUCCACGAAUCAUAACUUCCAUGGCAUGGGUAGCACAACUUGCUAAAUCAAACACGUAGCAUAUGGGGUUGAAAAUGAUGUCCUUGGUUUUGAGGAGGCACUUGAAUGGAGGGGGUCCAGCAUGGCGAGCUCUCCAUCAUGAUGUCAAAGUGCCCAACUGCUUAGCAAAGAGACAUGUAAUUUACACCAGUUCCCACACAACUUGCUUUACAUCAGUGCUCUCCUGGCCAGCCUCCACCAGGCUGUGUGGCCUCAGGCCUCUGAGUUGUUCUACCUCCCAUCUCUGCCAGGGGCGUCCUGAAGGCCCAGAGAAAGGGGAGGGGCAGAAUGGCUUCAGUUUGAAAGCCCUUGUCACAGCACCCAAGCCUGCUCUGUACCUCGGCUUCUCUGGCCUUGCCCCUUUCCUGGCAGCCCCUCUUCUGAUGGCUGUGACCCAGUCUUACUAUCCAGAGGUAGCCUUUGCUCAGGUGGUUUAUGGGGCUUCCAUUGUGUCCUUUCUAGGGGGGGUUCGCUGGGGCUUUGCCCUCCCUGAGGGCAGCCCAGCCCAGCCUGACUGGAUGAACCUGGGCAACAGUGUGGUGCCCUCUCUGCUUGCUUGGGUGGCUCUGUUGUGUAGGGACAAUAUCACAGAGGGAGCCCUGAUCGUUGUCAUGGGACUGGGCCUCUCCCUGCACUAUGAUCUGACCCUGCUGCCCAGCUACCCUGGGUGGUUUAAAGCCAUGCGGACAAUACUCACUCUGGUGGCUACAUUCUCCCUGGUGGCCACACUGACUCUGAAGAAGUUCUGUCCUGAGAAGAAGAUCAAGGCACUUGAGAAUUGACGAUCUUUGGAAUACUCAAAAGUUGAGGAGGAAAACUCUAAGAAUUACAGUUACUCAUACUAAAAAGCUCUAGGAGUGAAAACCAAAAAUGUUGGAUCAAAUGUUUGGGCAUACCAAGCCAAGACAUCUGUGUCUGAUUAUGUGUGACUGUGCUAAUUUAUGGCAAAGAUAUUGAUGGGGAAGUUUCUAAAUAAAGCUUAUGAAACAUUUUCCUGGCUGCUGUCUUGGACCAGGACAUGUUUUUUUUUCAUACUGUUUAAAUCAUUUAAGGUGAUAAAAAGUGAAUAAAAAUAAACCAGUGAAAUAUCUGUA